AAACAAAUCACGUAGCAUACUUUCCCACAACACAACGCUGUUCAUUUCUCAUCCACUCCCUCAUUCUCUCGUCGGCAGUUUUGCUCCGAUGGCCAGUAAAAUCAUGCGCGCUGUUUGGUAUGAUAGCUAUGGCGGUGGCGCCGCCGGCCUCAAACAUGUUGAGGUUCCUAUACCUUCACCUAAGAAAGAUCAGAUAUUGUUGAAAGUGGAAGCUGCAGCUUUGAAUCCUAUUGAUUUGAAAAUUCAGAAAGGCAUAGCGCGACCAAUCUUGCCUCCAAAAUUUCCAUUUAUACCAGUUACUGAUGUAGCAGGAGAGGUCGUUGAGGUUGGUCCUGGAGCUAAUAGAUUUAAACCUGGUGACAAAGUUGUAUCUAUGGUCAGCUAUAUGAAAGGAGGUGGCCUUGCUGAGUAUGCUGUUGCUGGAGAAGCUCUAACAGUAACAAGGCCUCCCGAAGUAUCCCCAGCUGAGGGUGCUGGCCUACCUAUUGCCGCUCUCACGGCCCUCCAGGCACUGAAAACCACAGGGAUCAAUUUUGACGGCACCAGUAAAUCCUCAAACGUUCUGAUAACUGCCGCUUCUGGUGGUGUGGGGCACUAUGCAGUCCAAUUGGCGAAACUUGCCAACUCUCAUGUUACUGCCACAUGCGGUGCUCGAAAUGUAGAGCUUGUGAAGAGUUUGGGUGCAGACGAGGUGCUGGACUACAAGACCCCAGAAGGGGCAAGUUUGAAGAGUCCAUCAGGAAAGAAGUAUGAUUCUGUUGUUCACUGUACGAUUGGCAUCAGUUGGUCCAUCUUUGAACCAAACCUCAAUGCUAAUGCAAAGGUUGUGGAUAUAACUCCUACUCCUUGGACUAUAAUCAGUUCCACUUUGAAGAAGCUUACUUUUCCCAAGAAACAGCUUGUGCCAAUGUUUGUGUCUCCUAAGAAAGAAGACAUGGAAUUUCUAGUUGAAUUGGUGAAAGAAGGGAAGCUGAAAACAUUGGUGGAUUCUAAGCACUCAUUUAGCAAGGCUGAGGAGGCCUGGGCAAAGCUCAUGGAUGGCCAUGCUACUGGUAAGGUAAUUAUAGAAAUGUAAGCCAAAUGCAUACGGUUAUUGGAGAUUGAUGAUGAGUGUUCUAUGUAAAAUAUGUAUGGUGUGAAUAAGAGUGCGUUGCAGUUAUCACUGGAUUGAUUUCAGACAUGCAGUGUAUGAUUUGUGGGUUAUGCUGUUUAAUCAAAUUAUAUUUGUGUUGGAUAAUCA